AUGGCAGGAAACUUUUUGCUAGGGAUUUCCAUAAUGAAUUAUAUUUUUGUAGUUUACCUAAAGACUCGAGAGUUAAGACAGCUAUCUAAGCCACCGUCCAGAACCUAUCUCAAGCUUGCAACGCCCGAUCAAAUAAAGAAGACAAAGGAAUAUAACAGAGAUAAGUUAUCCAUGUCUAUUUUUGAGCUUACCCUUCUUCUUGCACGAGAUCUCUAUUUGAUCAACCAAGGAACACUUGAGAAAGUAUAUAGCAGCAAAUACUUCAUGAAUAAUUGGUACGGAGAUGCACUAUUUCUGAUGGGGUAUGCUCACUUCCAAAGGCUUUGUGAUCUUCCACUUGAGGUUAUUUCAACAUUCUACAUCGAGGCCAAGCAUGGAUUCAACAAGACAACAUUGUCAACAUUCCUGAUGGACUUUCUGAAGAUGUCACUUGUAAUUACGGUUAUAUUUGGGCCAUUCUCUUAUGUUGCAACAAAGAUAAUCAGAAUAUAUCAUAAAACAUCCUUCUAUCUCUAUCUGUGGGUUUUCAUGGCCAUAUUUCAGAUAGUCCUCGUCGUUGUGUAUCCUAUUGUUAUUCAACCUCUGUUCAACAAGUUUGAGGAGAUGGAGGAAUCCGACCUUAAGACAAAGAUCGAAGAACUAGCAAAGAAGGUUGGUUUCUGUGCUAAGAAAAUACUAGUGAUGGAUGCAUCGAAGAGAUCUGGGCACUCGAAUGCUUACUUUAUAGGAAUAACUAAGGAAAAGAGAGUUGUGAUAUACGACACUCUACUAAAACAGACUGAUGAGGAGGAGGUGCUUGCUAUUUUAUGUCAUGAGUUUGGUCAUUGGAAGUACAACCAUGUCAUGAAAAUGGCAUCUAUAGUUCUUCUUAUACAACUGUUCUAUCUGUAUGUAUUGAAUAUUUCAUUGAACUCUAAGUCCUUUGAGAGACUUGUACUCGCCGGGGACCUGCCACUACUGGUAAGAUGUAUUUACUUCCUUAUGAUAAUUGGGGCGCUAAGCGUUCCUAUUGACACACUAAGAAACUUUAUAUCUAGGUACUUUGAAGGCCAGGCAGAUAGGUUUGCCGUGUCACUUGGAUAUGGAAAGAAGCUCUCUUCUGGACUGAUCAAGCUUUUUGAGAAGAACAGCAGCAACAUGGAGCCCGAUCCACUUUAUUCUGCAGUUGUGCAUACCCAUCCUACGCUGAUUGAAAGAAUGAAAUUGAUUGAAAAUGAAAUGAAUAAAGUCAAGUGA